UGACAAUCCAUUUGCUAUCUCUUCGUCAGGAAAUGAGUUUCAAUUUUAGGAGAUAAAAUCAGAAUUUUUGCGAAAUGGGGCGACUUCUUGUGUGGAGUCUAGUGCUGGUUCGCAUUAAUCAACGAAAUUCUCUUGCAAGUUUCUCGAUGGUGAUCUGUUUGCCCAUUAUAGGGAGCACCGCAAAAAUGGCGAAGAAUGCCAGAGAUCGUUUUUGGCUAUAAUUCUUGGAGUAGGUUGGUCUUUCUAUAUACAUGAGCAAGACGCUUUGAGUACGG